GGCAUGGCGGCCGCUCUGGCGCGCUGGUGACGUCAGUGACAUGGCGGCGGUCGUGGCGGCUUACGAACCGUGGAGUGCAGUGGCCCGGCGGAGGAAGCGCGCGGCAGGGAGACGGCCGCGGCAGGGCGAGGAGCCCCAGGCAGAGCCGGAGGCGGACAGCGAGGCGGUGCUGCGCCGCCUGCUGGAGGCCGAGGAGGACCUGCGGAUCUCUGAUUUCUGCAGUUCAGCUCUGGAAACCAUCACUGAGUGUCUUAGGAAGCAGCUGGAGCAACUGCAGUCCCUAACGGAAGCUCUUGGAAGACUGCACCUUGGCUCAUCACCUGGUGGGUCGGGGGAGCCCUUGGCCUUGAGCACCUCGAAUGUGAAGUGUGUAUGCUACGGUCUUGGGACCUUUGCCUCCUGCCCCACUGCUCGGAUCCAGCUUGCUUUUUUGCUUCUCUUUCUGGAGAAGUGCCAGAUCCCCAGAAGUCACUGCUGGGUCUAUGACCCUCUAUUCAGUCAGACUGAGGUUUCCGUUCUCACCUCCCUGGGUGUGACAGUCCUCAGUGAGAAUGAGGAAGGCAAGCACAGUGUCCAGAGCCAGCCCACUGUCUUCUACAUGCCACACUGUGGGACAGCUCUAUACAACAACCUGCUGUGGAGCAACUGGUCUGCAGAUGCCCUGUCCAGGGUGGUCAUCAUCGGGAACAGUUUCCAAGGCCUCGAGGAAAGGUUGUUGGCGAGGAUUCUUCAGGAAAAUUACUCAUACAUUGCAAAGAUUCUGAAAGGCCUGGAGGAGUUCCCACUGCCUCAAACUCCCCAGUACACUGACACCUUCAAUGACACAUCUGUCCACUGGUUCCCUCUUCUGAAGCUGGAGGGCUUAUCUGAGGACCUGUGGGCAUCCCGGGAAGAGCCUGACUACCAGAACUGUGAGGACCUGGAGAUCAUCAGGAAACCCACAGCCACUCAGCUGGAGUAGCAGGACCAUUCUCUCCAUCUGGGCUAGGGGCCACAGUGCACACCACACCAGCUCUUUGCUAGGCCAGGACUACAGCCCAACACUGAGGGGACACUGAGUCACAUCCUGCCCUGGUGCCAUGGUCUCCCAAAUAGAGACGUUAUUUACCA